GGUGUUGCCCCAGCUGUUGAGGAGGAGAGUAGAAACAUUGAGAACACAGUGAGACAGAGGCUAUCGUAAUCUCAAUAAUUUUUACGUAAAAAAGUUCGAUAAAUAGGGUAGUGUGGGAUUUAUGUGUCUGUGGAGCUUGUGGUGAGGCGAACAUUAUGGAGUGUGAGGAGCCAGCGGACUCCAAGGAGCUUCUAGCCACCCUGGAGACAUACAGGAAGCUUGCUGAUGAUUUUACCAACCAUGACACUAUUUUAAAGGAUAGGACAGUCCUGUCUUACCUCGCAUACGUCCUGGAAGUACCUGACGCUGAAAUUGUGGAGUUGGCACUGGAUAUUCUCGAGAUAUUCACAAAAAAUGUUGAAAAUUACGUGCACAUAACCUCGACUUUUGGGGUCCGUGAGGCACUCGAGGCUGUUAUUAACAAGUACUGUAUUGACACACCGAAAUUAGCGAAACAUGCACAGAGUGUCAAGGAUGAUAUUGAGAGGAUGAAACCACCUAUUUAUAAUUUGAGGAGCCGGUGUAGGAGAGUUAUUGAACCAAAGAAACUCAAGACCCACGUUAUUGUGCUCCAUGUCAGCGGAUUGUUACCUGAAACUAGAGCAGAGCUGGAAGCUACACUCAUUAGAAUUGAGGGACUUAUUUCACUUGUUCUUGAUGUUGAACAUCAGAGGGUCACUAUGAGGACUUUAGUUAAUGUUACUGCUAGAUCCAUUGCUGAGGCUAUUCAAGAAAACACUCAGAAUAUGGAGGCGAGAUUAGUUACCAGAAAUAAGUACAAUCAAGAAUUUUUAGUUAAACUGACCAGCGAAGAAAACGGAGAGUCAAACGAGUUUCCCGAAUACUUGCCCGAGGAAGAGGACAACCAAGAGGACCAAAAAGAGGGUGUAGUGUCCCUCUUGACAGGGCUGAAACAGAGUGCCUCUACCCUCUACAAAUCGACCGCUGAAUUUUUGCACAAUUCCUUCUACUGGUGAAUCGCAUCAGUGCAUCCAGAAAACAAGUAACAGAGAUCAAUCAUGAUGGAUUGUUUCCAUGGUCGAGGUGAAAACGACAGCUCUCAUCGCGCAGAUAAAUCAUGGUCCUCGUCCCCAGACUGCAAGUGAUUUAAUCUCCAUUCAUUUCUGAGACUGUUCAUCUAGCAUUUUACCUAUUGAAAUGAAUUACAACUAAUUUUUCUGUUUCAAAAAUUAAAGCAGUAUUAAGCAGCUGUUGAAUAGGCAUUUUCGCUGAUGAACUGCAUUAUCCUUGAUUAUUGUACAUUACCUGGAGACUGUGUCCAUGAACACGCAUUUUUUAAAUCAAUUUUUGGGACGAGACAGUGAAUGGGAAUUAAUUUGUUGAGCGUUAUUUUUUAAUCAAUUAAAAUGCAAAUGUUGUAAUUGUAUAAUAGAAUUUAAAUGUCCUCAGUGUUACUCAGUGAGAGUUUACAGUACUUCCUACAGAUAAAUACUAAGACAACUCUUCGAGGCUUAUUUUGUUAACUUCAGACGUCUGGAUUAUCUGUUCAGAGGGGCUGGAUAAUCAUUAACUAAGAGAUAAUCAGGAGUAAAGAAACUUUACUAUUAGAGCGAAAUUAUUCAAAUACAUUACUCUUAAAUUAUUCGUACUGCUACAUGAAACAGUGAAAAACAAAAAAUUUCCAAGACGAACCAGUGGAAAUUUAGCUGCCAAUUAUUCAAUCUUGUUCGUUCUCUGCUGUCCUACAGCAGUUAUAAUAUCGUGGGAAUUCAUCGUAUUGUCAAAAUUGUACAUCAUAAGAAAGAUAUAAAUUUCUAAGGCAAUAAUUUCUUGACUCUGCCGCAGGUACAAUAAUUCGUUAAACAUUUUAUUUAGAAAUCUGUUACUUUGAAAUUUAAGGCACUCCAGUGCAUCAGAGUGAAAUAGUCAAUAUUAUAAUUCAAUAAUCUAAGUACACUGGAUUUGAGAGAUUAAGUCUCACAGCUGCUAAUGUUAUCCGGAAAAUCAAAAAAAUCUCUACAUUCUGAAUUCUUUCUAAAGUUAGAAAUUUUCCCAAUUGUUCGACACAAUUCUACAAAAUUUUACAAUAAUUGCGUUGAUACUGAUUCGUCCGUUAUUUCGUCUCUAAUAAUUUAAUCCUACAUCGUAAAUUUUGGGCGGCACGUGUGUAUAUAUAAAUACUAUUUCUUUUAAAAUGAGUAAACAUAAUUGCACGAUCCUCCCAUAAUCAUUCCUCCAUUGUUACUUUCCCCCUGGCCAGAAGGAUCGGUAUAAAAAUUUUCCCCGAAUCCUCUGCCAGGUAAUUAAUUUAUGAGAUCCAAGGAAAAUUUUUUUUUCAUAAUUUAUGUACACUCUCGUCGUAGUCACAACUGAAUAGUUUACUUUUAAUUUCUUUUUCUUGUUUUUGUACAAAAAGAAUUGAUGAGCAAACACUCGAGAAAAAAAUCUUUGAGUCAACGUCUUGCAAUCUCACAAUCAUGCAUUCACUAAGAAAAAAAAAACAAAUAAAGACAUUCAGUCAUUCA